AUGACCAUGGAGUCCGAGCAGGCUGUCCAAUAUUUGGAAGGAUUGAUUGGCCGACAGCUCCGAGUGCACACGACUGAUAGCCGCAUGUUCGUUGGCCUCUUCAAGUGUACCGAUUCAGAGCGGAAUAUCAUCCUUGCCAACUCUUACGAAUAUCGUCUCCCUACCCCCUCCGCUGUACAAGCUGCAGCCGCAAAGGAAGCCGAAUCAUGGGAGAAUAACGCUGCAGCUAAAAGCGCCACCGUCAAGGUCAAUAUGACACAUCGAUUCAUCGGGCUCAUCGUCGUUCCAGGUCGCCAUAUUACGAAGAUCGAGUUGGAAUAG